GCCCCGCCCACAGUCUCUCCAGUACCCUUGUUGUAGAGCAGCUGUUCCACGCGCUCGCGCUCGCGCUCAUUUAGAUCCAACAUGGCGGCGCUCAGGGUGCUGUGUGGAGCUCACAUCAGGAGUGUGUACACCCUCCCCCUCAGCAAGUCAUGUUUGUGUUAUUUCUCCACGUCGUCUUGGCGUCGCUCAAAGUUUUAUUACAACCCCACUGAAGCUGUCAGAGACAUUCCUGAUGGAGCUACUGUACUGGUUGGAGGGUUUGGUUUAUGUGGAAUUCCUGAGAAUCUUAUAAACAGUUUAUUGGAAACUGGAGUAAAGAGACUCACUGCAGUCAGUAACAACGCUGGGGUGGAUGAUUUUGGUCUUGGUCUCCUCCUGAACAAGCAGAUAAAGAGAAUGAUUUCAUCAUAUGUUGGGAACGCAGAGUUUGAGAGACAAUACCUGUCUGGAGAGCUGGAGGUGGAGCUAACACCACAGGGAACCCUGGCUGAGCGGAUUCGGGCCGGAGGAGCAGGAAUCCCAGCCUUCUUCACUGCUACAGGUUACGGCACUUUAAUCCGAGGAGGAUCUCCCAUCAAAUACAACACAGACGGCUCCAUCGCCAUCGCCAGCCAACCCCGAGAGGUGCGUGAGUUUGGAGGGAGACACUUUGUGAUGGAGAAGGCGAUUACUGGAGACUUUGCUCUAGUGAAAGCGUGGAAAGCUGAUCGAGCAGGAAACAUCAUUUUCAGAAAAACCGCCAGAAACUUCAACCAACCCAUGUGUAAAGCAGCUAAGAUCACCAUCGUGGAGGUGGAGGAAAUUGUGGAUGUGGGGACGUUAGAAGAAGACGUUCACAUUCCCAGUGUUUAUGUGAACCGUAUUGUGAAGGGAGAUCUUUAUGAGAAACGGAUUGAGAAGCGUACAGUAAAGAAGGAGCAGGUGGAAAAACCCAAACCAAAAAAGGACUCUGACAUCGUGAGGGAGCGAAUCAUCCGCAGAGCAGCGCUGGAGUUCGAGGACGGCAUGUACGCUAAUCUGGGAAUUGGAAUUCCAAUGUUGGCGAGUAACUACAUCAAACCUGAUAUCAGCGUCUACCUGCAGAGUGAAAACGGCAUUCUGGGAUUGGGGCCAUACCCUACCGAGGAGGAAGUGGAUGCAGAUCUCAUUAACGCAGGGAAGGAAACUGUGACAGUUCUCCCAGGAGCUUCAUACUUCUCCAGCGACGAGUCUUUCUCCAUGAUCCGAGGUGGACACAUUAAUCUGACGAUGUUGGGAGCCAUGCAGGUGUCCAGAUAUGGAGAUUUGGCAAACUGGAUGAUUCCCGGGAAGAUGGUAAAGGGAAUGGGAGGAGCGAUGGAUCUGGUGGCCAGCGCUGGAACCAAAGUGGUGGUGACGAUGGAGCACUCGGCCAAGGGAGGGAAACACAAGAUCCUGGAGAAGUGCAGUCUGCCACUGACCGGGAAGCAGUGUGUGGAUCGCAUCAUCUCUGAGAAGGCUGUGUUUGAUGUGGAUAAGGAUAAAGGGCUGACUCUGAUUGAGGUGUGGGAGGGGCUUACACCUGAUGACAUCAGGAAGUGUACAGGAAGUGAUUUUGAGGUUUCUUCUGACCUGAAGCCCAUGCAGCAGAUCUGAUCGCACACACACACACACACACACACACACACACACACACACACACACACACACAAAUAAUUCACUAAAUUGAAGGAUUAGAGGCAAUAAUCAAUCUGUAAUCAGGUGUGUGUGUGUGUGUGUGUGUGUGUGUGUGUGUGUGUGUGUGUGUGUGUGUGUGAGUGAGAGAGAUGCUAGUGUAGAUUAUGAAGCUUGAACUCGCACAAUCUGAACACAGUUACUGAGGAAAUAAAGUGUAAAUGUAGAUUUACA